AUGGCUCCUAUCCACCCAGAGAUCACUUAUGCCGAGCGAUGUAACGCUACGGAAGCUGAAAAGAACAUCAUCUACUUCACUAUCAACGCUCCUGAUAUUCAAGGUGAACCAAAGUUGGAAAUCAAACCUACGCAAAUUUCUUUCGCUGCUAAAGCUGGAGACGCUGCCAAAGGUGUCCCCGAGAAAGAGUACGCUUUCGACUUACAACUAUACGACGAGAUUAUCCCAGAGGAAACAAAAAAAGUCGUUACUUCCCGAGCUAUCGUUUUAGUCCUCCGAAAGAAAACCCCCAAGUCCGAGUACUGGCCUAGAUUGACUAAAGAGAAGCCUAAUAGAAAUUGGGUCAAGACUGAUUUCUCAAAAUGGGUUGAUGAGGAUGAACAAGAAGGUGCUGAAGACCCAACUGCCGGUAUGGAAGAUCAAAUGGCUGGUAUGGGAGGUAUGGGCGGUAUGGGUGGUGGUAUGCCCGGUAUGGGAGGUAUGGGAGGAAUGGACUUCUCUAAGAUGAUGGAACAAAUGGGUGGAAUGGGGGGUAUGGGAGGUAUGGGUGGAAUGCCAGAUUUCGGCGCGGGUGGUGAUGACGAAGGUGAUUCAGAUGAUGACCAAGUACCAGAAGAGGAGGAAGCUAUUGAGGAGAUCUCUACUGCUGGUGCGUCGGGUGAUAAAGGAAAAGCAAAAGUAUCUAGUCUCGACGACGUUGAGUAA